UCGUCACUGCAGCCUCGUUGACGUAGUUCCGUUUCUGGUAUAAACAAGCGAGCCAGUAUGGCGACUUUCAUAGCGCUGGCAGACUUCUUCUUGUAGAUGUUUGUUUGUUUGUUUGUUUGUUUGUUUGCUGACACUGAACACAACAUGACUGCACCGGGCAGCGAGCGCAGGUUAGUCCGCUACUACUGCACCGCCGGUAACGGCAUGGAGCGUUUCUUAACCGACGAGGUGAAGAAGAAGCUGGCAGCUGAACACGUGUGUCACAUGCCAGGUAAAGUGUUGUUCAGCUCCUCUUUGGGGAUGGACAGAGUCGUUGAACUGAAGGCGGCAGAGAGACUCUUCCUCCUGUUGAAAAAAGACUCUCCUCUGCAGCUGUCAGCCCACACCAGCCCCGCAAAGGCGGCCUCUGUGCUGCAGUCCAAACUGUUGGGUGACAGGAAUCAAUGGGCCGGCGCUGUAAUGACAUGGAGCCGCCUGCAAGGGGAGCUGGCAGGCAGGAGGAUGACGACUCCUGAUGCCACAAGCGCCACUCUGGAAGUGACAAGGAAGAAGGAGGAGGAGGAGAGAAGGAGCGAAGAACAGAGGGAAGAGCAGGAGGAGGAGGAGGAGAAGUGCGAUGUGGAGUCUAGAAAAAGUGCAGGGGAGCAGAGGGAGGAAGAGCGUGGGAACGGGAGGCUGAGAAGUGGCGAACAGAGUGCUGUGCAUGCUCUGGAAAAGAAGAGAAAGAGAGAUGAUGAUGAAGAGGAGGAAGUGGAGGAAAGGAGGGGUGCAGCUCGGGACUUUAGUAGUGAGAAGAAUGUGAACACGUCUGAGACAGAAAGGAGGAGAGAGGGAGAAGAGGAGAUGGGAAUGCUUGUGGAGUUCAGCAGCUGCAGGAAAAAUGAUAAACAUGGAGUGAUAUCAAGAGCAGACCACAGUGUGGAAAGUACCAACAGGAGGGUGGACGACGUUUCAAAGAACUUUGCUGUUGAAAGUGUUGAAAACAUCAACGCUGCGGGAGGAGGAAGAGAUGACGCACUACUGCAACCGAACAGGAUCAGACAAAAGCCUCCUUCUGUCCCCAUCUCUUUUAGGAUCAGCUGCAAGUGUACCGGAUCUCUGUCCCGAUACUUCAGCACACAGGAGGUGAGCAAAAUAAUUGGAGUAGGUCUGAGCAGACUGCUGGGCUGGAAGGUGGACCUUAAGAAUCCACAGCUGGAGGUAAAUGUUUAUUUGAGCGAUGACCACUGCCUGCUGGGGUUUCCACUAACCAGGUUACCUCUGGCUAACCGGAGCUACAUUAAAACCACAGGACUGAGGUCUACUGUAGCCUGGGCUAUGGCCACAUUGGCUCAGAUACAGCCAGGCUUCUGCGUGGUCGACCCGAUGUGUGGGGUGGGAACCAUCUUAAUAGAAGCAGCGCAGGAACACAAGGCUGCCCGUUUCCUGGGUAUGGACAUCGAUGACGGACAGCUGCAGAGGGCCAAUGAGAAUGUAGAGUUUGCAAAGCUGGGAAACAGGAUACACCUGCUGAAAUCGUCAUCUACGGCGCUGCCGCUGCCCAGCUCCACUGUAGAUGCCGUGGUCUGUGACCUGCCGUUUGGCAGGAAGUUCGGCACCAAAGCAAACGCGGCUGCCAACCUGCCACUAAUCCUCGCUGAGAUGGAAAGAGUCCUGUGUAUUGGCGGUACCCUGGUUCUCCUUCUGAGUCCUCAGUUAUCCUGUCUGCUGAAGAAACUCCUGGCACAGAAAGACGCUGGACCAAAGUCUAAACAGGAAACGAAGCCUCAAACUGGGACACAAGACUGCCCAUCACCCUCUCUGUCUUCCACAAAACAACAGACUUUCCAAAUCCACCAUGGGGGCAGCUCCCCACCUAUCCAGGAAACAGACCCUCCGUCUGGGCUACAACAUAGCAUGCCUCCCCCUCUCUCCUCCCUGAAACACCAGACAACUCUCAGAGUCAGCUUAGGCUUGAUAGAUGGACUUAUCCAUAAAUACAUCAAGAUGGACCCCAGAUCAGUGCAGUAGAAGUUACAUUUCAAAGUAAUUAGUUACUUUCCAGCUGUGUUGAAAUGCUUCACUUGAUUCGAACAAUCUUUUUUUGUUUGUUGGUUUGCCUGUUUUAUAUUAUUCAGCUGUAAAUAAUAUGAAGAAAUAAAUUUAUUU